AUGCAGAUAAAGACCUUUCCAUUCCUAGACGCAAAAUUGUCUGAUAUCGGUCUUGGGACUUCAGCUGCACCAGGUCUACUACCACCCUAUGAGUUUAAGAAUGGUGAUCAUGAUUUCAAUCUAGUUGAUGGGGCAGCCACUGCAGGUAGUCCGGCCUUGCUUGCCGUAAGUGAAGUGAUACAAGAAUUGAAUAAGAAGAAUUCUGAUUUCAUUCCAAUAAAAGCAAACGAGCCUAUCAAAAUCGUGUUGCUGUCACUAGGAACAGGACGUAGUCGAAUUCCAGACACUCUAAGGACUAAUGCUUCUUUUGCAAAGCACUUUUCCUUUUUUGAAUGGGUACCUCGAAUAGCUGUAGGUCUUGCUAUUUCUUCUGGACAAGUGAAUGAAUAUCAUCUUGAAUCAGUGUUUCCAAGUAAUUCAUCUUCUUCAGACAAUUAUUACCUUCGAGUUGAGGAGUAUAAUUUGGAUCCAUCCAUAAAUGCCGAUAAUGCUACAAAAGAAAACAUGGAAAAGCUUGUAAAGGCAGGAGAGGAUUUGCUCAAAGAGUCUGUUAAGGUUAUGGAUGUAACUUCUUUUCUUCCAUACGAGAAAUCAAGUGAGGGUACAAAUGCUGAAGCUCUGGAAAGGUUGGCUGAAAUUCUGUACAAUGAGAGGCAGAUGCGUUUGAAAAGAAAAUCGAUGGAAAAACGAGGACGACCAUUUAUUGAAGCUGUUACUUCUGCUCUCUAG